AAGAAAAGUGAGAAGAGGAACACUGUGGGUCGCGAGCAUUUGUUCUUAAAGCGGCACCGUCUGCGCGACCGUGCCGAGAGCUCGGAGCAGUUCGACCAUCCAAUUGCUUGUGCUGCCAAGGACAACUUUUAUAGGACAAUUGACCAUGAUGUACCUGGCCUCCGACCUAUUUUGUAUACGACGGAGCACCUCAGGCUUCGCAACGGCUCAGUUCAAGUUCCUGGAUUAAUUAUAGGAGACUGGUGUACAACGGCUAACAUUGCUGGCCGUUCAAAUAUGGCUCGUAGGGAGCUGCUUGACAUAUUUGUCUCACUCGCAGUCCGCCCUCACAGUCGUUGUAUGUAUCGGGCGCAAAGGUUGUCCCUACAAACCAUCCGCCAUGCCUCCACCACAACACCUCCUCCGAAACCCCCUACCUUGUCCAAACCUGGAUCCGAUGGCUCGAAACCGUCGAUCCCUCUUCAUGUAGGCCUGGACCGAAAUCCAGAGGGUCUCUCCGCCAUAUCGCGAAUACCUAUCCCCAAGGGAGAGAAAGGCGAGAAAUUCACGCCGUCUGUUCUAGCCCGACCUCUAGGCCUUACCUAUCCUCCUCGACCGGGUCAAAACAGUCCGAUCGACCGACGCACGAUCCAAGAACGGAAGGCGGACUUCACCAGCUACGAGAAAGCCCUGGAGCGCCGGCGGGUAUACCUGCGGUCUUUUUUCCGUCCGUACUUUCAGGAAUGGCGGCGUGUUGACCACUGGAAAGGAAAGAGCUUCGUUUCCAAUCCUAGACUGUUCAAGAGGGACAAGGCACUAUAUUUCCCCAACAUUUGGGGGCAGACGCUGUCAAAGGAUGGGGACGGACCGGAUGGUGGAAGAGAUACCACGCCAAUCCUAAUGGGCAAGAUCUCCAUAAUCGGCAUACAGUCAGGACAGUGGGCGGAGGAGCAGGUAGACACUUUCAUCAGCGAGAAACACAAUCCGCGGCUGAAGGAGAUCAUUGAAGAGAGCAAUGGACUGGUCCAGAGAGUGGACAUCAACAUGCAGGGUGAUUCGGCCAGGUCCUUUUUGGUCAAGCUGUUCAGUAGCCGUCUACGAAAGCUGGUGCCGGAAGAGCGCUGGAACCGAUACUUCAUGAUCAAACUGCCUCGUGAUAUCCGACGUGGUUUGACAGACGAUGUCCGCGACGCAAUGGGACUGCUCAACUCCCAAGUUGGCUACGUCUACCUGGUCGACUCCAGCUGCAAGAUCAGGUGGGCUGGAAGUGGCCAUGCAUGGGAAGGAGAAGUGGAUGGUCUCAAUUCAGCUUUGCAGAGACUGGUUCAGGAAGAAAACGCUCUACAAUCUUCGCCAGCCCUCACAAGCUCCGUUGCGCCAAAACACCGAACAGCAGCAACUACUGCUUAAGCAAAGCAACUCCAUUCUGGAACCCUUUAACGCCUGGACCGCGAUCUUUCAGUCUAACCAUACAUUUGCCGCAACACCAUAGCUCGCCAAUCAAAGACCAACAUUGAACCGGAAUAUGAUCAUGUCAACAAGGCCUAUUGGUCACAAUUCUCCGGUUUUGCACUGGAUGUCACAAGUUAGCAGUCCGGCCAGUGUCGGAAUCAAGAGAAGGGAUACUCACCCGCAUUUCGGACAUGGCUGGUCGGAUUCUGAUCCAUCGAGAAUAUCGUGCACGAUCUUGCAUUUCUUCGUUGGCAACGCUGAAGCCGCCCGUUCUGUUCUGCUCUUUGCAGCACUUUUUGCUGACGAUUUGUGUUGCGUCGCCUGGUCGCACAUGGAAUGCACAUAGUAUGGAGCCGGCCGAGCCGUUCCUGGACAGCAGCUCCAGUGGUACGUGUAAUAGAUACACAUCAGGGCGGGAAUGGCAGGGAUCUGCUGUGUGACAAUGGCUUGGGUUCGAGGUCCAGGGGUCGGGUACAGGGAUCGAUGGCGAGGAAAUAUCCUUUCUUGCUCGGCUCGACUGGCAAAGAUACGCUCGCAGACACGGGCCCUUGGUCAGUGCCAAUGGCAGACCCCAAUCGACGGCGCUGUUCCUUCCUCUCUAGAAGAACUGCCUAUGUCGUCCUUGAAUGGGGUGGCUUGGAAAGUUGGGUUGGAUCUCCUCUGGGUAUUGCGAGAUACUGCGAACGGAUAUGGUUCAAGGCCUAACGCCUUAUGAAUAAGGUACCGCUACUGUUUGCUAGCAGUGCUGGUGCAUCAGCUGCAGUGGCACCGGGGACAAGCCCCAAAAAGCCCAACCGGUUUGAUCUGCUUGUUUGCCACUCAACAAAGCAUUCGCGAAGCCGAAAUUCCGUCCGUUCCUUUGUCGUUGCUUCUUUGUCCAAAUCCAGAGUCGUGGGUGUUUGGCCGAAUGUAAUGGCUGAGCGCCAACUGCAGUGUUUGAUGAACUUGAACUCCACUAAGGUAAUUAAUCGUGCUUCGUUUGUAUCGUCCAGCAGUGUUUGUUUCGCCGCUUGCAGCCCGGAAAUGCCUGCGUAUCCAGGCGUUUGUAGUGUUGGAUCAAAUUGGACGAAAGUGCCCGGGAAAAUCUGUCUUUGUGCCCCAGUGCCUUGCCGCCCGUAUAUAGUAGGCGGGUAGUCA